AAAUUAAAUUGUUACAAUAUAAUUGCUCCAAGCUGCUUUUUCGAUUUUUUAAAUGGCCAGGAUAGAUUUAAAUUAUUUUCCAAUCCCACAAAAUGGAAUGCAGUCUCAUAAAUGGAUUUAAAAGAAACGUGAAGCUUGUCCUGGAAGCUGAUUAAUGAUGUUGAUAAACUUAAUAUUUUUUUAAUAUGAUGAUUUGAUAGAAAGUUAAUCUGGAUAAUUAUGGUCACAGAUUAAGUGGAAAUAUUUUGAAAACGGAACAUGCUAUGACGUCAAAAAAGUCAAAUGUAAGAUGCACCGUUAACGCGGGAAUACCCAGUACCCGCGCAAAUACCUGUUAACUUUGUAAAGAGUACGGUUACAGUACCUGGGAUAGAUAAAGGGCUACCCUAAUAAACAAUCACAAAACACAAUAGAGUUCAGUAGCCCUUGUAAAAUACUUUCUAAAGUUCAAACGAUUCCAUUUUUCAAGUUUAUUGUACAUCGGUUAUGCAGUCGUGUUGUGAAAUGUUUAUGUGUUGACGUUGAUCGUUUCCUAGUCUGACCUAAUAAAUUGUGCUUAUUUAAUAAACAAAUACAUACACAUCGUGGUAAUGUCUAGUGCACAGGGACAAAUUAAUUUUCAUAAAAAGAAAAGCCUUGUUAAGAACAUGAAAGGAAAGGAGAAUAAGUACCAUUCUCCUGUAAAAGAUGAACAGAAACGAAAUUCAACAGGUGCCAAGAAAAGAGUCACUCCAACAGACAGUGAUAAUGAAUGCAGUCCUCCUAAGCAGGCCAAGAGCCCAUCUGCUUUAAUAGAAAGACUGAAUUUGGAAAACAACAAAAAAAAAUCAGACUGCAACGAUGAAAGCAGCCCUCCUAAACCACCAAAUGGUCCUGUUGUAUUACUAGAGAGGAUGAAUUUGGAAAAUAUUGAAGACAGUUGUAAAACAAAUAAAAGCCUUUCUGUUGCUAUCAGAGCUCUGCAUACAGCACAGCCCUGUGGACUGCCUGGUAGAGAAGGAAAAAUCAAAGAAAUUUCAGAGAUUCUGACCAAAAGUCUGGAAACCAAAUCAUCAACUAGUUUAUACAUCUCUGGACAACCUGGAACUGGAAAAACCGCUUGUUUAAAUUACAUAAUGGCACAGCCAGAGAUAAAAUCGGGGUACAAGAAUAUUUAUGUGAACUGCACUGGUAUGAAAUCUUCUAAAGCAGUGUAUAAGAGGAUAGCAGAAGAACUGAACAUAAAAGUAAAAUCCACAAGUGAAACACUGUCACACAAUACAAUUUUAAAUUAUUUAAAAAGUCCUCACAAAAUGAUAUUAUUGGUCCUGGAUGAAAUGGAUCAGUUAGAAAGCAAACACCAAUCUAUUUUAUACUCUAUAUUCGAAUGGCCUUCAGUUACAAAUUCACGAAUAGUUUUAAUAGGGAUCGCCAACGCUUUAGAUCUUACCGACAGGGUGCUUCCGAGAUUACAGGCCCGCGUAGAAUUGGCACCGACGUUGAUUCACUUCACACCAUACACGAAGGAAGAAAUAGUGAGCAUAGUGACCAGCAGAUUAACAGAAGCAGGAGUUGGAAAUAUUUUGGCCGGUGGUGCGCUUCAACUAUUAGCUAGCAAAGUUGCUUCAGUUUCAGGAGACAUACGGAAAGCGCUAGAUAUAGCUAGACAAGUUAUUGAACUAGCACAAAUGAAAGAUGAAUGUGGAAAAACGGUUGCUUUGCAAGAUGUACUAUCUGUUGUGCACAAUGUAUAUAAUACAGCUUCUAGUUUAAAUAAAAAUGAAGAAGACGAUGCUGAAGCGUUUCCUUUACAACAGAAAUUAUUUAUUUGUACUGCAGUUUUAAUUAGGCAAAAUUCAAAAUCGAAAGAACUUACAAUAACAAAAUUACAUGAUGUUUACAAAAAAAUAUGUGAAAAACGUAAUAUAAGCUUCCUCGAUCUUUCGGAAUUUUUAAACCUCGCACAACUAAUCGAAGCUAGAGGGUGUAUUAAAAUCCAAGGGAAAGUGAAGAACAGACUAUCUAAGGUUAUACUACAAUGGGACGAAACAGAAGUGUCAAGCGCUCUUAAGGACAAGCAGUUGCUUUCUACAGUUGUGGCAGAUACAUCUUGUCUUUAAAAAUUAUUUAGCCUUUAUUUUUUGGGGACUGAAUCUAUUUAUGUUCUUUUAUUUAUAAUUUUUUUUACACUUCUAAAAUAUAU